CUGGCUGCGGGGCCGGGCGCGAAGGCAGAGGGGUGGGGAUCUGGGGUGGGCUGCGCCCUCCCGCUCUGACCCAUUCCACACACCCCGCGGGAAGCUUACUCUGUCAGCUGAAUCACUCCCCCUUCAGGAGGAGGGAGGGGAAAUAAAGGUAACUAGCCCCUUUCUGCUUAAAAAAAAAAAAAAAAGGCAAGGGAGGCCGUGGGCCGCUUUUCAGCCGCUCUCUCCCCACUCCUGGACCAUGCACUCCUGCAUCUUCCUGCUCGGCCACAGGCGAGGACUUUAUUUCUUGAGCUGAGAGCUAAAACUUGUUGACUUUUCUUCUACCCGACAACUGAAUCAUGCCAUGUGCCCAGAGGAGCUGGCUUGCAAACCUCUCCGUUGUGGCUCAGCUCCUGAGCCUUGGGGUCCUUUGCUAUGGGAGACAACCUCAGCCGGGCCCGGUGCACUUCCCCGACAGGAGGCAAGAGCAUUUUAUCAAGGCCCUGCCAGAAUACCACGUGGUGGCUCCUGUCCGAGUAGAUGCGAGUGGGCAUUUUCUGUCAUAUGCCUUGUACCAUCCUGUCGCCAGCAGGAGGAAGAAGAGAGAUCUGGAUGGCCCAGAGGACCAGGUGUACUAUAGAAUUUCACAUGAGGAGAAGGACCUGUUUUUUAACUUGACAGUCAAUCAGGGAUUUCUUUCCAAAAACUACAUCGUGGAGAGGAGAUAUGGGAACCUCUCCCAUGUUAAGAUGGUGGCUUCCUCAGGCCCCCCCUGCCAUCUCAGGGGCACGGUUCUGCAGCAGGGCACCAGAAUCGGGACUGCAGCCCUCAGUGCCUGCCAUGGACUGACUGGAUUUUUCCAUCUACCACAUGGAGACUUUUUCAUUGAGCCUGUCAAAAAGCAUCCACUGGCUGAGGGAGGGUACCACCCACACAUCAUUUACAGGAGGCAGAGGCGGAGAGUUCCGGAGAUGAAGGAGCCAACCUGCGGAUUAAAGGAUAGUCUUGGCACCUCCCAGAAGCUAGAACUACAGCGAGAGAAGUGGGAGAGGAACACCUUGCGAAGCAGAAGCCUCUCUCGGCGCUCUAUCAGCAAAGAGAGGUGGGUGGAGACGCUGGUGGUCGCUGACACGAAGAUGAUUGAGUACCAUGGGAGCGAGAACGUGGAGUCCUAUAUCCUCACCAUCAUGAACAUGGUCACUGGGUUGUUCCAUAACCCAAGCAUUGGCAAUGCAAUUCACAUUGUUGUGGUUCGGCUCAUUCUACUUGAAGAAGAAGAGCAAGGAUUGAAAAUAGUUCAUCACGCAGAGAAGACCCUGUCCAGCUUCUGCAAGUGGCAGAAGAGCAUCAAUCCCAAGAGUGACCUCAACCCCGCCCAUCAUGAUGUGGCCGUCCUUCUCACCAGAAAAGACAUCUGUGCUGGUGUUAAUCGCCCCUGUGAGACCCUGGGUCUCUCCCACCUAUCGGGAAUGUGCCAGCCUCACCGGAGUUGUAACAUCAAUGAAGAUUCUGGACUCCCUCUGGCUUUCACAAUUGCCCAUGAGCUCGGACACAGCUUCGGCAUCCAGCAUGACGGGAAAGAAAACGACUGUGAGCCCGUGGGCCGGCACCCCUUCAUCAUGUCCCGCCAGCUCCAGUACAAUCCCAGCCCGCUGACGUGGUCCCAGUGCAGCAAGGAGUAUAUCACCCGCUUCCUGGACCGCGGCUGGGGCUUCUGUCUUGAUGACAUCCCCAAAAAGAAAGGCUUAAAGUCCAAGAUCAUUGCCCCUGGAGUGAUCUAUGAUGUUCACCACCAAUGCCAGCUGCAGUAUGGCCCCAAUGCUACCUUCUGCCAGGAAGUAGAAAAUGUUUGCCAGACACUGUGGUGCUCAGUGAAAGGCUUUUGUCGCUCCAAGCUGGACGCUGCUGCAGAUGGGACACGAUGUGGUGAGAAGAAGUGGUGUAUGGCUGGCAAGUGUAUCACAGUGGGGAAGAAACCAGAAAGCAUUCCUGGAGGCUGGGGCCGCUGGUCACCCUGGUCCCACUGUUCCAGGACCUGUGGGGCCGGAGCCCAGAGUGCAGAGAGGCUCUGCAACAACCCUGAACCAAAGUUUGGAGGGAAGUACUGCACUGGAGAAAGAAAACGCUAUCGCUUGUGCAAUGUCCACCCCUGUCGCCAAGAUACACCAACAUUUCGGCAGAUGCAGUGCAGUGAGUUUGACACCGUUCCCUACAAGAAUGAAUUCUACCACUGGUUUCCAGUUUUUAAUUCAGCACAUCCUUGUGAGCUCUACUGCCGACCCAUAGAUGGCCAGUUUUCCGAGAAAAUGCUGGAUGCUGUCAUUGAUGGUACCCCUUGCUUUGAAGGCGGCAACAGCAGAAAUGUCUGUAUUAAUGGCAUAUGUAAGAUGGUCGGCUGUGACUAUGAGAUAGAUUCCAAUGCUACGGAGGAUCGCUGUGGUGUGUGCCUUGGGGACGGCUCUGCCUGCCAGACUGUGAGGAAGAUGUUUAAACAGAAAGAAGGAUCUGGGUAUGUUGACAUCGGACUGAUUCCAAAAGGAGCAAGAGACAUACGGAUAAUGGAGGUUGAGGGAGCUGGAAACUUCCUGGCCAUCAGGAGUGAAGACCCUGAAAAAUAUUACCUGAAUGGAGGAUUUAUUAUCCAGUGGAAUGGGAACUACAAGCUAGCAGGGACCGUCUUUCAGUAUGACAGGAAAGGAGACCUGGAGAAACUCAUGGCCACAGGUCCCACCAAUGAGUCAGUGUGGAUACAGCUUCUAUUCCAGGUGACUAACCCUGGCAUCAAGUAUGAGUACACAAUCCGGAAAGAUGGUCUUGACAAUGAUGUGGAGAAGCUGGUGUACUUCUGGCAGUACAGCCACUGGACAGAGUGCAGUGUGACAUGUGGGACAGGUAUCCGCCGCCAGACUGCCCUUUGUGUGAAGAAGGGCCACGGGACGGUGAAGGCUACAUUUUGUGACCCAGAAACACAGCCCAAUGGGAGACAGAAGAAGUGCUAUGAAAAGGAUUGUCCACCCAGGUGGUGGGCAGGGGAAUGGGAAGCAUGUUCGGCAACAUGUGGGCCCCACGGAGAGAAGAAGCGAACAGUGCUGUGCAUCCAGACCGUGGGCUCUGAUGAGCAGGCUCUCCCAGCUAAAGACUGCCAGCACCUGCUGAAGCCCAAGACCCUCAUCUCCUGCAACAGAGACAUCUUGUGUCCGUCGGACUGGACAGUGGGGAGCUGGAGUGAGUGUUCUGUUUCCUGUGGUGGUGGAGUGCGGAUUCGCAGUGUCACAUGUGCCAAGAACCAUGAUGAGCCUUGUGACAAGACGAGGAAACCCAACAGCCACGCUCUAUGUGGCCUCCAGCAAUGCCCGUCUAGCCGGAGGGUUCUAAAACCCAACAAAGACACAAUUACCAAUGGGAAGAAGGUACCAUCAUCCGAGCAAGACCCCCUAAAGCCCAUCCCUCCAACUACAUCCAGUCCCAGGAUGCUGACCACACCCACAGUGCCUGAGUCUAUGAGCACAAGUGCUCCAGCAAGCAACAGCCCUGGUCCUAUCACAGCCUCCGAAGAAGGAGACCUGGAGGGGAAAUGGUGGCAGAAUAGUUCAACCCAAACUGAACUGGACUCCCCUUAUGUCGUUUCCACUGGAACUACAUCCCAUCCCAUUAUCACCUCCUCAUCUUUGAGUAUCCAACCAAAUAAAGAGACUGAUUCCACUUCAGACCCUCGUCCUACCUCAGAGGGAGACCUUUUAGCCACAACAAUGAGUGGUUCUGAUUUGUCAUCUUCCAGCAACCCCGUGACUUGGCAGAUGACUUCAUUUUACGAUACCGUGACCAAAGAGCCAGAAAUGGAGAUUCACAGUGGCUCAGGGGAAGACAGUCAACCACCUGAGACCAAAAAUGAAAACAACUCUGUAAUAUGGACCAAGAUCAGAGUGCCUGGAAAUGAUGCUUCAGUGGAAAUAAGUACACAAAUUCCACUUGAACCCCCACCAACACCUUAUCUCAGGGAGGCACCCUCGUGGCCACCCCUCAGCACAGUGACAGAAGGACUGCUACCUAGCCAAAGGCCCACUACUCUCAAAAAUGGCACACCCAGAGCUGAGGGGAGUGUCACUGAAAAGCCGGCUAAUACUCCCCUCCCUCUGGGAGGAGACCACCAGCUAGCACCCUCAGAAAUAUCGGUAAAUCAUAACCCCCCAGAACUUCCAGGCAACAUGAAUCUAACGCAAAGUUCUAGACUAGACUUGACCGAGGAAGAUGCAACAAGUCUGAUUGCUGAGGGGUUUUUGUUGAAUGCCUCCAAUUACAAGCAGCUCUCCACAGACCGCAGCCCUGCAUACUGGAUAGUUGGAAACUGGAGUGAGUGCUCCACCACCUGUGGGCUGGGGGCCUACUGGCGGCGUGUGGAGUGCAGCACCCAGCUGGACUCGGACUGUGCGGCCAUUCAGAGGCCUGACCCUGCUAAGAGAUGCCACCUCCGUCCGUGUGCCGGCUGGAGAGUAGGAAAUUGGAGUAAGUGCUCCAGAAACUGCAGCGGGGGCUUCCAGAUCCGGGAGAUCCAGUGUGUGGACAGCCGGGACCACCGGAGCCUGAGGCCGUUUCACUGCCAGUUCCUGGCCGGCGUUCCUCCCCCGCUGAGCAUGAGCUGUAACACAGAGCCCUGUGAGGAGUGGCAGGUGGAGCCCUGGAGCCAGUGUUCCAGGUCCUGUGGAGGUGGAGUUCAGGAGAGAGGAGUGACUUGUCCGAGAGGCCUCUGUGACUGGACAAAAAGGCCCACGCCCACCAUGCCCUGCAAUGGGCAUCCUUGUUGUCACUGGGCCACUGGGAACUGGGACCCGUGCACCGCUUCCUGUGGAGGUGGCUUUCAGAAGAGGACUGUCCACUGUGUCUCCUCAGAGGACAAUCAAACUGAAGACCAAGACCAAUGCCUGUGUGAUCAUGAACCUAGACCUCCGGAAUUCCAAAAAUGCAACCAGCAGGCCUGCAGGAAAAGUGAUGAUUUACUUUGCACCAAGAACAAGUUAUCAACUAGUUUCUGCCAAACACUAAAGACCAUGAAGAAAUGUUCUGUGCCCACUGUGAGGGCUCAGUGCUGCUUCUCAUGUUCCCAGACACACGUCAUUCGCACCCGAAGACCAAGAAAGCCACAGCUGUUCAAAAACCCCAAAGCGUUCUAAGUCCAGAAGGAAGCCACCCUCCACCAUAGACUGCAGCAGCCUGCUGACCGUGACAUGUUCUAGCUCCAGGGACCUCUUCAUUGAAGUUUUUCAGGUUAAACUUUAGCUCAUAACAAAACAAAAUUCACUGUGUUCCUUUAGCCACAAAAUGUCCCUCACAGGAGGCAUAGGACUGUAAUACUUGCUGCUCCCUGAUAGGCAGGUUAGCUAUCCAGGAGAAUCAGGCAUCUCCUGGGAUCAGCUCCUGGGCGAGGUGAAGGCAAGCCUGUGAAAUGAUGUCUUUUUUUCACCCUUAAAAAUAAAAAACAAAGAGAUCAG